AUGACCCAAAUGCUGUUCUGGUCCGCCGCACGUCUGCUCACGGUCGGAAUGGCUUUGGGGGAAUCUGUGGAGCACCUCCGUCGAGCCUCCGCGGGAGACCCGAUCACGAUCGCUGACUACCCAUACGCGGCUCUUCUAGUCGGCACGCUCGACCUUGACGGCGUCACCCACGCACGCCACUGUUCUGCGUCGAUCGUGGCGCCAUACUGGCUGCUGACCGCCGCCCAUUGCCUGUACGAUCAAAAUGAUGAGGGCUACCGGAUGGACACCUUCGAGGCUAUAGUCAACAGCAGUAUCCGGGGCGGAGCUAAAGGAUCGCAAGAAGUUUACGGCGCGCAGACGUUCAUCGCACCCGGCUUCGACAUAAAAAUCAACAAGAGCCGUGGCGAUAUCGCGCUCAUCAAGCUGAAGGAGCCGAUCGUUUUUGGGGACAACGGCGGCUCGCCCAGCGCGAUCACCUUGCCAAAGCCGGCUGGCUGGCUGCGCAAAAGCGCGGUACGCCAUCACAUUGUCAAGUGGACGGAUUAUGUGACGCUGGACGGCCCACCAGCUCUGCUCACCGACGUCUCGCAAUACUGUGAUUUCAUCGAAAAGACGACCGGGCAAGAGCUUUGCGUCGACGUGCCCGAGCUGAAA